AGAACAGGCACCAGGUUCCGUGGGAGGGGACAGAGUUUGGGAGACAUCAUGGCCAGGUGUCAACCGCAGCCCCAGCUUGAGGAGAGGAGCCCCCAGCCUAGCACCUCGGGGUGCUCCCUCCUGGAGGUGAUAGAUGUUGAAGUGCCAGGACCAUCAGUCCCUUGGGUAGAUCCCGGCACCCCGAGUAAGUUCCUUUGCUGGAACAGGAAGAGGGAGUGGUCGGACCAAUCUGAGGAGCCGCCCAAGGAGGAGACAGAGAAGGAGCGCGCCCCUGAGCCUGAGGAGACCUGGGUGCUAGACACCCUGUGUGGGCUCAAGAUGAAGCUAAAGCGACGGCGAGUGUCACCCGUGCUCCCUGAGCACUGCAAGGCCUUCAACACGCUGCUUGCUGAGGGAGUGUGUCCCAGUUCGCCUUGGUUCCUUUGCCGGAAAAGGAAGAGGGAGUGGUCGGACGAAUCUGAGGAGGAGACCGAGGAGGAGCCAGAGAAGGAGCGCACCCCUGAGCCUGAGGAGACCUGGGUGCUGGAGACGCUUCAGGGGCUCAAGGUGAAACUGAAGCGACGGCGAGUGUCACCCGUGCUCCCUGAGCACCACCAGGCCUUCAACAGGCUGCUUGAGGAUCCUGUCGUGAAAAGAUUCCUGGCCUGGGACAAAGAUCUGAGGGUAUCUGACAAGUACCUGCUGGCCAUGGUCAUAGCGUAUUUUAGCCGCGCCGGCCUCUUCUCCUGGCAGUACCAACGCAUUCACUUCUUCCUGGCUCUUUACCUGGCCAAUGACAUGGAGGAGGACGACGAGGACCCCAAACAAGCCAUCUUCUACUUCCUGUAUGGGAAGAACAACCGCUUCCAGCGACCCUUGUUCCAGAAGCUUCGCUUCCAGUUCUUCUGUUCCAUGCACUGCAGGGCUUGGGUUUCCCCGGAAGAGCUGGAGGAGAUCCAGGCUUAUGACCCAGAGCACUGGGUGUGGGCACGAAAUCGUGCCCUCCUUUCCUAG